AGCGUACUGAGGUGGGUUACGUGACGUGAUGUAAGAUGGCGCUAGUUCAACAUUAGUGCUGUAUUUACUAACGACCUGUUCCUUAUCAGGAAAUACUGGACUGUGAUGUAUUUUGUCUUUAUAUGGAGGGUUUAUAACUAAAAGUUGGAUUUCUAACACCCGCAGAGAUGUUUAUGUAAUUCUUGUGGGCGACUUUUAUUGAACACUGUCGUUUCUGUAACUGCGUGUAAGAAGGGACUGGCUCAGUCCGUGUGUUGUCAUUAACUGCAACUGGUCAUCAGUCUUCCAUGUCGGAUAAUCAGAGCUGGAAUUCGUCAGGUUCGGAAGAUGAUCUUGAAGCUGAGGCAGGACCGCCUGUUGAGCUUUGUGGCAUUCUUAGCAAGUGGACUAAUUAUAUCCAUGGAUGGCAGGAUCGUUGGGUUGUUUUGAAAAGUAACACACUGAGCUAUUACAAAUCAGAAGAUGAAACAGAGUAUGGAUGUAGAGGGUCUAUAUGUCUCAGUAAAGCAGUCAUCACGCCUCAUGAGUUUGAUGAAUGCAGAUUUGACAUAAGUGUAAAUGACAGUGUAUGGUAUCUUCGUGCCCAGGACCCAGACCAUCGGCAACAGUGGAUUGAUUCCAUUGAGCAGCACAAGACAGAGUCUGGUUAUGGCUCAGAAUCAAGUUUGCGCCGUCAUGGCUCCAUGCUCUCUCUUGUUUCAGGAGCAAGUGGAUAUUCUGCCACAUCCACCUCAUCGUUUAAGAAAGGUCACAGUUUACGUGAAAAGCUUGCAGAAAUGGAAACUUUUAGGGACAUCUUGUGCAGACAGGUCGAUACUCUGCAAAAGUACUUUGAUGCUUGUGCUGAUGCAGUCAGCAAAGAUGAACUUCAGAGGGAUAAAGUAGUGGAAGAUGAUGAAGAUGACUUUCCAACAACCCGUCCAGAAGGAGAAUAUUUGCACAAUAAUAAUGGCAGUAAGGAAAAGCUAUUCCCAUGUGUGACAGCAAAAGGAAUCAAUGGCAUAGACUUCAAAGGGGAAGCAAUAACUUUCAAGGCUACUACAGCUGGUAUCCUUGCUACUCUGUCUCACUGUAUUGACCUCAUGGUGAAAAGGGAGGACAGCUGGCAGAAGAGGCUUGAUAAGGAAGUUGAAAAAAGAAGAAGAGUAGAAGAUGCUUACAAGAUUGCCAUGACAGAACUUAAGAAAAAAUCUCAUUUUGGAGGACCAGACUAUGAGGAAGGUCCUAACAGUCUGAUUAAUGAAGAGGAAUUUUUUGAUGCUGUGGAAGCGGCACUUGACAGACAAGAUAAAAUCGAGGAGCAGUCACAUACAGAGAAAGUCAGGCUACAUCGACAGACGUCAAUGCCUUCUGGAGAUGCAUACUCUGCAGUGGGCACUCACAGAUUUGCCAAGAAGCCUUAUAGUCGCACUUCUUCCAUGUCUUCCAUUGAGCUAGUCAGUGCCUCUGAUGAUGUUCACAGAUUCAGCACCAAGGUGGAGGAGAUGGUCCAGAGUCACAUUACCUACUCUUUACAGGAUGUAGGUGGGGAUGCCAAUUGGCAGCUAGUAGUGGAAGAGGGAGAAAUGAAGGUGUACAGGAGAGAAGUUGAAGAGAAUGGUAUUGUUUUGGAUCCUUUAAAAGCAACACAUGCAGUGAAAGGUGUUACAGGGCAUGAAGUCUGCCACUAUUUUUGGAAUGUUGAUGUCCGUAAUGAUUGGGAAACAACUGUUGAAAACUUCCAUGUUGUGGAAAAUUUGGCAGAGAAUGCACUUAUCAUCUAUCAGACACACAAGAGAGUUUGGCCUGCAUCACAGAGAGAUGUACUAUAUCUCUCUGCCAUCCGGAAAAUCAUUGCCAAUAAUGAAAAUGACCCUGAGACGUGGAUUGUAUGUAAUUUCUCCGUGGAUCAUGAAAGUGCUCCUUCAAAUAAUCGAUGUGUUCGUGCCAAAAUAAAUAUUGCAAUGAUCUGUCAGACACUGGUGAGUCCUCCUGAGGGUAACCAGGAGAUCAGCCGAGACAACAUCCUAUGCAAGAUCACAUAUGUAGCUAAUGUGAAUCCAGGUGGCUGGGCACCUGCCUCAGUACUUCGUGCAGUAGCAAAACGGGAGUAUCCAAAAUUUCUUAAACGAUUCACGUCAUAUGUCCAAGAAAAAACAGCAGGAAAAUCUAUUCUUUUCUAACGG